AUGUCGAAGCCCUAUAAGCCGUGGACGUCCUCCGAGGAACGGUACCUACUUAAGUGCGGUAUGGCCGGUAUGUCCCAGGAGUCUCUGCGGUCCAAAUAUCGGCAGCUGCUCCAAGGCCACGGGCGCCGACGCCGUAUUCGAGCCCGCCGCACAAUCCCAGUCCACUUGGGAGCUCGUCAACUGCGACAACAACGUCGGACACAGUACCGGAUAGACUGUCACAGCCCUGGAGCCCGCACGCGACCUAUUCUGCGGCACAUUUUGUCAAAGGCCAUUGGCAAACCAAAGAUUUCGACUGAUUAA